UUCAUAACAAAAUUUUUACCGUUUUUACGGUUUUCUUUUAAAGCUGAUACUUAUCGUCGUAGCAAAAACAACGAAGUUUUAAGGAUCAGAAAUACUGAAAAGAUUGAUUUCGAAACAGUUUUUACCCUUGAUGAUUUAUAGUGUAUUAUCUGGCCACAAAAAUGGACGAAGCGCGUGUGAAGGCUCUCCAGGAGUUUCGCAAGAUGAUUGUCGAACACCGAAAACUCGAACAGCGUUUAAAAGAAUUGCGGGAAGAGCAGAAGAAGCUGACCAAGCAGUACGAUAAAUCCGAGAACGACAUAAAAGCUCUGCAGAGUGUAGGACAGAUUAUUGGUGAGGUUCUUCGUCAGCUGGAUGAAGAGCGUUUCAUUGUAAAAGCGGCAAACGGGCCUCGUUAUCUGGUUGGAUGUCGGCGUCAAUUGGACAAGACCCUGCUUAAACCGGGAACGAGAAUAGCCUUGGAUAUGACCACUUUAACCGUGAUGCGACAGCUGCCUCGCGAGGUCGAUCCUCUGGUGUACAACAUGUCACACGAAGAUCCUGGCGCUGUAACUUUCGGCUCUGUUGGUGGUUUAAACGAUCAGAUUCGAGAACUGCGAGAGGUGAUUGAGUUGCCGUUGACGAAUCCGGAGUUGUUUUUACGUGUUGGAGUGAAGCCACCCAAAGGCUGCCUUCUUUACGGACCACCUGGCACUGGAAAAACAUUGUUGGCCAGAGCUGUUGCUAGCCAGCUGGACUGCAAUUUUCUUAAAGUCGUAUCAAGCGCAAUUGUGGAUAAGUAUAUCGGGGAAAGUGCGCGCAUGAUUCGGGAGAUGUUUCAGUACGCUCGCGACCAUGAACCAUGCAUUAUUUUUAUGGAUGAAAUUGAUGCGAUUGGUGGGCGACGCUUCUCUGAAGGUACAUCUGCUGAUCGAGAAAUUCAGAGGACACUGAUGGAGCUUCUCAACCUGAUGGAUGGCUUUGAUGUUUUGGGACAACUAAAAUCAUCCGCCACUAUCCGAUACACCUGGGCUUUAUUACGACCUGGGCGUUUGGAUAAAAAAAUUGAGAUUCCGUUACCUAAUGAGUUAGCUCGCUUGGAGAUUUUGAAAAUUCACUCUGGUCCUAUCGCGAAACAUGGUGAAAUAGAUCUGGAAGCUGUGGUAAAAUUGUCGGAAACU